AUGGAAGUUAAGCUUUCAAAAAAGUUAUAUGAUGAUGAAGAUUCAAGCAGGCUUGAUUUUUUAGUAUCUCUUCCUAUCUGAUGGCCACCUGAAUUAAUAAUAACUUCACUUGAUGAUUUUUCACAGAAUCAAAUAUGGAGUAUAGGCCUGCAUUUCCUUCAGCUAUGCAGCCUUAAAUACACAUUUAAUUAUAUCCGGAAGGCUUUGAAACCCAAAAAUAGAUAUCUAUACUAGUUAAGCAAUUCUGGUAAUGUACUGAGCUGAGACCUUUCAUGAUUGGAUUUUACCUCAAGGGAAAAGCAAGCAGAGAUUUAAGAAAUAGGAAGCUCAAUUAAACUGGUAGGCAAUACAAAUGUCACUCGGACAAUUAUCCAGCGAAACCCGAUAGCUAGCCUCAGGCUUUAGGCUUUCCCUUUACCUUUGGGUUUUUUUAUUAUGAAUAGCCUUCUUUCUACCCAUCAGCCUCAAGGUUUGGCUGAGCCAAUUUUCCAAGCAAGACUUCGUCUUUUUGUCGUAAAUAGGUAAAUUUCUUUUCUAAGAUUCAGAUGGCUGCGUUAACAAAAGGCCUCAGCCUGUCUUUAAAAAUUUUAAUUAAAUUAAGACUUUUCACAGGCCAAAGUAGCCUUAGACCUACCAAUGAUAGUUGAUGAAAAUGCUUCUAUGUUCCCAAUUCCAGGAAAUAAAAUAUUUUGUUAUGGAAAUUUGCAAUGAGUAGGAAUUCGUAAUGAUCCUCGGAAUCUUAGACCUGUAAUAAGUGGGUUUACUUUUAUUAUCAACGAGGAUUUUAGUAUAGAAAUCUUAAAUGAAGGGCCUCCCUGCUACGGGUCAGGAGGUACUUUUUAUGAUGGAAAUAUUUAUAUUUUUGGUGGGCAUAUUAAAACUACCGAAUCUAUACUGUUUAUCUUUGAUUUAAUAGCUAUGCCCAUAAGAUAUAUUUAUUAUAUUGUACAUUAAAACUGCUAAUAGAUAUAAAUCAUUUCUGGGAAAUUAGGCCAGGAUAUUAUACUUGUGAGGCUUCAAAAUAUAAUUUACAAGAAAAAUCUUGAAAAAGGCUUGCAAGUCUUCCAAAUUCGACCUCUUUUUCCUCUUGCAUCGAAUAUAUGGGAUUAAUUUUAAUAGCAGGAAUUAGUAUACAUGCUUAUUAAAAAUAGCUCCCAAAGAUUUUUUUUGGUAGCCAAAUUUAAUCAAAAAAUAAGGCAAAAUGUUUAGCUAACCAAAAAUUCUCGUUUAAGAGCUAAUUAUUGUAAACUAGUAUAGUUCAAAGAAAUCUUUUGCUUAUAAUAUAGAACUAAAUUCUUACUCACUCCCCCCCCCCCCCUCCGUGAGCGAACAAAAAAAUUUUGUUCGCUCACGGAGGGGUUAAUUUUUUUUUUUAAAACAAAUUUAUAUAUAAAUUUUAUAAAAAAUAUUUUUUUCGAAAUUUAAAAAAAUCCUAAUUUGCAAAAAUUGGGAAGCAAAUAUUAAUUUAAUUUGCAAAAUUUAUGUUUUAAAACGCAAUUUGUUUAAAAUUAAACAGAAUUAGCUCUAGAUUUCAUUAUACUAAUUAUCACUUAUAUAUCAAAAUUUUUUUCCAUUAAAAUUUUUUCUAUUAAAAAAAUUUUUGUUCACUCACGGAGGGUGGGUUUUUGGUCAAAAAAUGGCGAUUUUUCUAAUGGUUUUGUUCGCUCACGGAGGGGGGGGGGGGAGUCAGAAUUUUUAGAAGGUGUGGAAGAUUGUAAAAUUCUCUGCAAAUAUGAAGGCUAUGCAUAUUUGCUUAAUCCAGCAGGAAAUAUUUAUGAAAGCGAAUAUAAAAAUCCAUUUGUUUGGAAAAUUAUAAAGAAAUUUGAGACUGAAAAAAUCUAUGAGUUUGUGCGUUUUCAAAUGGUCUAUGAGGAAUUUUUCUAUUUUGUUGAGUAUGUGUAUGGAAAAUAUCAUUAUUAUAGAUUUGAUUUAAUAAAUAAAGAAAUAGAUGGUAGCAGUUGGAGGGAGAAUCUCAAAUAA